ACGCACCAGUCGCCACCGACCGCUCAUCUUGCGACGUCGUGUCGCUUCAGACGCGAAGCUGCGCUAAAUUUACACGCUAAUUAUUUCCACACCGCACUCCUAACCAUUGACCCACUGACAGUGAAUUGUGUUCUAACGCCGAGUGACUUUAUCAUCUAUAUCCGACCGUCCAAAAUCAUUACCCAUGACUCACGCUACCCCUAUAAUGAUCGCGUUAUGAUAGUUUAUUCAAAAAGGUGUACAUAAUUUUUGAUACGCUUAGUAAUAUAUUUUUGUUUAUGAUAAUUUUUACGGGUGGAAAUUGGCCGCAGACAAAAUAUUAGUUAGCCGGUCGUUAAAAUGUUUUAAUAGCUGUCACAUCCUUUAUAGUCCGGUAGUGAUAUUGUUUAAAAAUGUCGUCGAGAACGGGACCACGCGGCACGUCUGUCUCUACGAGCCAGAGGAAACACAGGUCCAGAUCAACUCCCAGGUAUGACCUGGAAAAGAAGCCAAAGAAGAAGGACUUGAAGACCACUGGCACCACCAGCCUGGUGUCCAUCCCCAACAGCAUCAAACUCACAAUGCUUAACAGCGGUCUUAUAUCAUUUGAGCGAGUGACGUUUAAACCUGAAACUGACGAGAACGGAUCAAUAUCGGAGACUAUCCCUGACCGGCCUGUGGAGCUGAAAAACUUCCCCAAGCUCUGCGAACAGAGGAGGAAAUUCCCUGUGCUAUACAAACUUGAGUUUCAGACAGCCAUAAAGGUGGAGACGCACGCAUGCCGCCACGCCCAAAAAAAAACCAAUUCCCACAAAAACCAGAACCAAAAAGUUACUCCCUACGAUUACAAUAGAGUGGUUCUACAGACAGUCGAUAGAGAACCCGAUUCGGAUUACAUAAACGCUUCCUACAUAGAUAGUAUUUUAAAACCUAACGCAUACAUAGUGACUCAGGGGCCAACAGAGGAGACAGUGGUGUCAUUCUGGCGAAUGAUCUGGCAGGAGAGAGCUGCUGCAAUAGUCAUGUUAACUAAGACAUUCGAUUUUAUAAAAGUGAUGUGCGUACAGUAUUGGCCUCCCAGUAAGGACAAGGACGAAACUUACGGCGAGAUAAGUGUAGGUAUAGUUCAAGAGGAGGAACUAGCGAAUUUCCACAUACGCACUUUCCGAUUGUACAAGAUGGAGAAAGAUGUAGUGGUAGAAGAAAGGUUCAUUCUUCAAUUCCAUUACACGCAAUGGCAUUCCCAUACAUGUCCAUUCAGCAAUGCCUUGCUGGAGUUCAGACGUCGAGUGCGAGCGGUGGUUGGGAGAAGACUCGCUACUAAUAAUGUCACAGGACCUAUGGUUGUCCACUGCAAUGAUGGAGGUGGACGAUCUGGCGUGUACUUAGCUAUUGACGCGAAUUUAGAAUUAGCUGAAGAAGAAGACUGCUUUGAUGUUUUCGGAUAUUUGAAAAAAUUGAGACAAUCAAGAAAAGGCCUUAUAGAGAAUGAAGAGCAAUACAAAUUCGUGUAUGACACGUUAGAGGAGCAUGUAGUCUGUGGCGUAUCUUGGUUUCCUGUCUCGGAACUGUCACAAAGACUGAAACAGAAGUCCCAAAGGGAUCCCGUGACGAAGUUAAAUGAAUAUCAAAAGGAAUAUCAGCAGAUUUGCAAACAAACACCCAGAUUUACCAUCGGGGACUGUGCGGGGGGACACAGAGGGGAUAACAGAGAAAAAAAUAGAGAUGUCCUCGUUGUGCCGCCGGACAACUUUCGUCCAUAUCUAACAUCCUUUCAAGGGAAUAGUUUCACUGAUUACAUUAACGCUGUAUUCGUUGACGGUUACACAAAACCUCGUGAAUACAUUGUGACAGAGUGGCCCUUAAUACGGACGCAAGGAGAAUUUUGGUCUCUAGUGUAUGAUUAUGAAUGUGCCGCUGUUGUAGUACUUUGUGUUCCACCUAAAAACUCUCAACAAUAUCCACCAUUUUGGCCUGAAGGACGCCACUCUAAGAAAUACGGACCUGUCUUUACAAUAGAUCAUGUUUCGCACAACCAUUAUACCAACAUCAAGACGUGGAUAUUCAGAAUUAACAAGAAAAUCGUGUCUCUGACGGAAUUGAUGGCCGGAUUGAAAGCUCCUCCGAAAACAGUACAACUGUUCCAAUUGACGUGUUGGCCGAUGGGCCAUAAAGUGCCUUCGUCCACUAACUCACUAGUUGAACUUAUGAAUAUGGUCGAGCGGUGGCGACAACGUACCGAUUAUGGGCCUGUUUGCGUUGUUUCACCGGAUGGUCGUAGUCGUGCUGGGGUUUAUUGCGCCGCUAACGCCUGCAUAGAACAAGUUAUUCAACAUGGAGAAGUUGACGUAUUUCAGGCUGUGAAAACAGUUCGACGACAUCGACCUCAAUUGGUAGAAAACAUGACUGAAUACAAAUACUGCUACGACUUAGUUCUUCAUUACGUACUACAUUAUUUAAAUAAAGAUAUGAAUGAGAAGAAGUGAGAGUGCGAACUUAAGGACGAACUCUGGUUCAUCGAAUUCGGUCGCGGAGCUGCUCUACCU